AUGGCUAACACUAACACAGUCUGCUCUAUGUGUGGUGACAUCGGCUUCGCCGACAAGCUCUUCCAAUGCAUCCGUUGCCACUCUCGCCUCCAGCACUCCUACUGUACCAACUACUACGACGAGGCCACAUCCGAGACCGUUGGGGUCUGUGAUUGGUGCUUGAGUGAAGAGCGAAGUGGAGCUAAACGAGGGAUCCACUCGAAGAGGCAGGCGAGGAAGGAUUCUGCCGAAACCGGUAGUGGUUACAAGGCUGAGCACAACAGCGACCGGGAGGAAAGUCAGAGCCGUGGCAAGAGCGACAGCGCCGGUGGUGCUUCUUCCAAGCCAACGGGCCGCAGGUACAAGCUACUCAAGGAUGUCUUGUGUUGA